AUGAAUACUUCUUCUGUAUUUUGGUCACGUCUCAUCAUAUGUGUUAUGUCAGUCACAUUUUUUUUGUUAUAUGCAUCGCAGAAUCGUAAAUUUCGUUUGGAAUAUUUACGAAUAACACGCAAAUAUGCUGAAUCAAUACGCAAUUCAGAAGGCUUAGCUGCACAAUUGCAGGUUAUCAUUGAUCGUCACAGAUGGACACAAAAAUUGCUUGAAGAAUUGCGCGCGAGAUAUGACCGCAAAAUUAACGAGAACUACGAGAAGUGUCGUAAGGCGAUUUAUGAGAAUUCCACUUGCAAGGCAGAUUUAAUAAAAUGUACGAAGCAAUUAUCGGAAAAUGAAAAAAAUUAUUUGGAAUUGAUUGAUACGAUUCGGACAAAUGUUGAAGAUUCCUUUAAUAGUGAUAAAGUAAGAGGCUAG